AUGGUAGCGGAAGCCUUCAAUAUAGCUCCUAGAUUGGGGGAAGUAGUCACCAUAGUGCAAUGGGUGAAGGGUAUGAGAGAGAUGAGUUGUAUGACUAAUCGUGGCGAAAAGGAUGCUGAGGUUGCUGGGUAUUGGCUGAGGAAAGUGGAAAGAGCUAUAAAUCAGAUGCAGGUACUAGAGGAGCUACAGGUGGAUUGCGUGACUCAGUUAUUGAUUGAAAGUGCCCACUCUUGGUGGGAGACCAUCAAAGAGAGGAGAUCGGGGGAGGUAUUGAGAUGGAAGGACUUUCGUGAAGAGUUUGAGGAGAGGUACUAUUAUUGGGAGCAUAGUAAGGAGAAAGAACAAGAGUUUUUGGAUUUGAGGCAGGGAGAUUUAACAGUUAUGGAGUAUGAGAGGAGAUUCCAAGACUUAGCAGCUUUUGCCUCUACUUACCUUCCCACAGAGCGCCAUAGGGUGGAGAGGUUCCGUGAUGGAUUGAGGCAAGAGAUGAGGAGAUAUUGA